AUGGCGAACGGGCUGCCGUGGGUGGGCUGUGUAACACUAGCAGACUCAACUCAACCCUUGCGUACGACAGAGACGUCGAGUAUGGGUCUCAGACAUCGCAUCUUGAAGAGCUUGGAGGUCCCUCACCAAGAAGGACGAAAAGCCGACCGGUGGCAUAACCAUGACCUUAUGCCUGUUGAUUUGCCCCGCAGGACUUGGGGCGCACGUCAAUUUGUUGAGCUGUGGAUACUCAUCAAUAUGAACAUCUCUGGUUAUCAGACAGGCUCAUCGCUCGUUGCGAGUGGGCUCAAAUGGUGGCAGGCGGUCAUCUGCAUAAUCGUCGGGAACAUAUUUUCUGCCACUUUUUGCACACUCAAUUCGACUUCCGGGGCAUACUAUCACAUUGGGUACCCAGCCAUUGUCCGAAUCGCUUGGGGCAUGAAUGGCAGCUACUUUGCGCUCAUGAACCGGAUACUUCUCGCUGUCGUCUGGUUUGCAGUGCAGGCGUGGAACGGCGGUCUAUGUGUUCUUGUGUGCCUACGCGCAAUUUUCCCUGGACACAUUGAUGCCAUUCCGAACCCAUUCCCUGCCAGCGCAGGCAUGGACGGCGCACAGUUCAUGUGUUAUAUAUUGUUCAUGCUUAUCUGCGCUCCUCUCGCGUACAUUCAUCCGCACAAGCUCAACACAUUCUUCAAGAGUUGUGCCGUAUUCGUGUUCGUCAACCAGAUUGCAAUGCUCAUCUGGGCCCUGGCGACGAUGAAGGGCGGGCUGGCAAGUAGCGUGCUCACUGCACACGUUGCCCUGAGCAAGACCGACCUUGCAUGGACGAUUUGCGGUGGUAUCAUGGCCCAGAUCGGGUAUAUUUCUGCUGCUAUCCUCAACAACAACGACUUCACGCGUUUUGCAAAAGCGCCAGAACGACGGGCAAUUGUUGCGCAAGCUCUCAUUUUCCCAUCUGUCGGUUUCUUGACCGCUUUGUGCGGGAUUCUCAUUACCGCUGCCACGACGGAGCGGUACGGCGAGGCCAUAUGGAACCCGCCGAUCCUCCUCUUAACCGCUCAGAAGAGUGGCGGCUCUGGAUCUCGAGCGUCCACAUUUUUCUGUGGACUUGCAUGGAUUAUUACCCAGCUUGGCAUCAACGUCCCUGGAAAUCUGAUUGCUAGCGGGGUUGAUGUCGCUGCUCUUUGCCCAAGAUAUAUCAACCUCCGACGAGGGUCAUACCUCAUUCUGCUUGUUUCCGUAUGUGUCAACCCAUGGCAGCUCCUUAGUACGUCAAACGUGUUCCUCAACGUUCUGGGUGCCUACUCUGUGUUCCUCGGUCCCAUGACUGGCUUGAUGGUCAGCCAGUAUUAUGUGGUCCAGAAGCGCUACUUCAAAAUAUCUGACGUCUAUAUUGGCGACAAGCGCUCGAUUUACUGGUACACCUACGGUAUGAACUGGCGUGCGUUCGCUGCGUUUUUCAGCGGCGUCGCGCCGUGUAUUACUGGUUUUGUUGGUGCAGUGUCGCCCCACCCCGUAAGCCAGACGGCCACACGGCUCUACAACCUCAACUACGUGCUCAGCUUCGUGAUUGCGUUCGUAUUCUACUGGGCCUUGCACGCUAUGUUUCCUGUCACCGAGCAACGCGAGUUCGUGGAGGCCAUGGAGCGCACGGGCGCUCCGAAGAACCUGGACGGACUGCAGGCGUUCUUGGCCGAGGCCGAUAGCAAGUCGCUAGAUGGAUCGUCUCAAGCGGGUGAUGUGGACGAGAAAGCGUAG